AUGGAAGACACACCGACUCUGCCGGGGUAUCGAGCCUACUCGAGCCCGCCCAGCCCGCGAGAGCACGGCAAGGGAGCCGCACAGGGGGUGUGCACUUUCGUGCGAAAGGGACUCACCUCUAUACACCACGAGAACUUCCUGGGACGCCGCUCCAUCGAGCACUGCGUCACCGAAAUCGGGCUGGGUAGAAGAAAGCAAGAACCCAUAUUAUUGGCGAAUAUCUACAGCAAUCCCACACACGGGCAGCAGAAAUUCAAGGCACUACUACACAAGACUACAAAGACAAGCCCCAACGGCACGGUGGUGGUGUGCGGCGACUUCAACGCGCCACACGAAGAGCUGGGAUACAACCGCACCUCGGCCAAAGGACGAGACCUGCUGGAAGAAGCCUCAAACGCCGGCUUUGUGCUUUACACAGAUCCGGGCAACCCUACAAGAAUUGGAACGUCGACUACGAGGGACACAAACCCAGACCUCACUUUCGCUCGACUCUCCGGCAAAGCAAGAGGAACGGCGACCUGGCGCAACACUGGCCACAACCUGGGCAGUGACCACUACAUUAUAGAACUGAACAUACCUACAACGGUACACAACGACCAAAAGAAAUUCAAGCACAAGCUCACAGACUGGACGCGUUUCCGCGCAACCCUCGAUGAAGCCGACAACGACAUCGAAGACAUCGAGAAGUGGACGGAACGCGUAACCAAAGCAGCCGACUCGGUUACCGCCGAGCUGGACGUAGAAGAGGAAGUACCGCAAAUCGACAGCAAGCUGGCUUACAUGAUCGAGGCUCGCCAAUCCCUGCAAAGAUGGAAAAAGCAACGGCACAAUCGACGGCUACGGAAACGAGUCGCCGAGCUGGGUCGCGCCAUUGAAAAAUACAGCAGAGAACUAUGCACGCAGCAAUGGCACGCAACGUGCAGCGCUGCGGACGGACAACUACAUAAAGGACAGACUUGGAAGCUGUUGCGACACCUCCUGGACGAUAAAUCCACGAAAGGCCACCAGCAGCACAGGCUUGCCCAAACGAUCUACACUGCCGUCAAGACACUAGGCGAAGAGGAAGCCAGCAAGCGCAUCAAUGCCAAGUACCUCCCCACAGCGGCCACCCAGAUCCAUCCCGACCACAAUGGACCGCACAACCCAGAACUGGAUCGAGAGAUCGAAGAAUGGGAAGUCCGAGCGGUACUACAAGAGCUCAACUGCAAGUCGGCGGCAGGACCAGACCGGCUUCACAACCGGGCGCUGCGUAACCUCAACGAUGGGGCGAUCGCAGCACUCACAAGAUACUUCAACCAAUGCUGGAGAGAAGGUACCGAAACAAUGGAAGACGGCUCGCACGGUCCUCAUACCGAAGCCCGGCAAGCCACCCAACAUUGA